UGGUUUGUCAAACUGAAGAACUUCACAAAUGGUCCAAGAAAGUUGCAAAAUGUAAUAAAGUUGUUUUAUUUUUCACGAAAAAUUCUCUGUGCAAUUGAGAAAUGGAUGAUUUAAUUGAAAAUAUGAAAAGGAAAUUAUCAAUAGGCAAUAUUGUCGACUACAUUAAAAACGAAAACAAAACAUCGGAAAUUGAAAAAGAAAAUUCUGACAAAGUAAUAAUUCAUGAUACUGUAAGUAAUAGUGAAAAGGGUGGAACUAUAUCAAAAGAGGUGAAGGAUGACAUUGCCCCUAUGAAGACCUUAGGAGAUAUCAAAAUUAAAUCUAGCAACAGUGGGUCUCCUCAACAAAAUUUAAAUGUACUACAGAAACCAAGCCAAAAUCAGCAAGAAAAGGCAAAGGAUGAACUAUUUUACUAUGAGGAUGAUAAUAAAUUUGACUGUUUUAAUUAGAGGUUUUAAUAUUUCAAGCAAUAAAUACAUAAAGUAAUUAAAA